GAGGGAUAGACUAAAGCAGGACGAGUGGGGACUACUUUUAUCUUGAAUUUGAAACAUUGCACUUUAACUAGGCCGUCACUGGGUGGCGCCAUCCCCAUAGGCACUCCGCACCUUAUAAAUUGGGGCAAAUUGCUUUUAAAUGAAGUAUGUGGAAAACCCAUUCUCCUGCCCUUUCCAUAUGAGCACAUUGCUCAUUUUCUCCCGCCAUAAUCAAUCCCAUAAUUUUUCAGCGCGCACGGGACGACAUUAGGGACUCGGCGAUGCGCAGCAAGGAUCGAUGGGAUUUGAGCUGAGAUGCCCGCACGACCGACAGCACGCGUGGAGUUUACACUUGGGGGUUGUCUCCACGGCAGCGCAGCUUAAGCUUUCCUGCGCGCUGCCAACUUCGGUCAACGAUUCGCAAUCGGCCUCAGCCGCUAUUGAAUCUGUGGGCUGUGUGGAGAACAACGCACGUAAAGAAGGAGGUGGUGCAUGCGAGAGAUGGGCACCGGCGACAACACACGUCUUUGGCGGAUGAGGUUGUAAGCGGCCGGUAGGCAGCUUGUGGAAGCACCGAGAGAGACCGACCGGCCCGUCGCAGUGAUGUGGCGGGGAAGAGCCGCCUUCAACCGCCUGCGCCGAUUGCUGCUUCUUUACGGCCUCGCUUGGUUGCGGUUGCAAGGGGUCUAUGGAGAAAUGGGCAACCCGGUUGAAGCAAAGGGCACGCAAGGAGAUUCUAUCACACUACCCGGUGCCGUUAACAUGGACCAAGUCGUGGCUUUAACAUGGAGCAAAGUGGAGGGUUCGGGCCAGAUUCGCAUUGCUGUCUACAUGUAUAAGCCUAAAGGUACCGGAGAGCAGUCCAAUUCUUUGGGACCUUUGAAAGGGCGUGCGGAGCUGACUGACAGGGGCUCUCUAAGGAUUAAAGACCUGAAGCUCCGAGACGAGGGUAUGUAUGUCCUCACCGCACUCUUGGAGGAAGUCGGACCUAAAGAAAGACACGUGUCCCUUGAAGUCAUAGUGCCUCCCAAGUUGGAACUGAACCCGAGACAAGACGUCUACGAGAGGAGGGGGAAAGCGGUCAAGCUAACGUGCACUGUGUCCCAUGCCAGACCUAUGGUGAAGUACAUCCGGUGGGAAAAAGAUGGCGGACCUGUGGAUCAGCACCACGAAGCCACGACAUAUCCGGGUAAAGACUCGUAUGAAUCCGUGCUGAGCCUACGGAACCUGACCAAAUCGGACUCCGGCAACUACACCUGCGUCACGGGGCACCUGGAGCGCAUAGUGGCGGCUAGCAGGCACGUCGAGGUCCACUAUCCUGCUACCAUUGUGAACGCUUCAGACCUAGUCGUGGCGCCGGUAUUGACAAAGGUGACCCUGUGGUGCGUCGCAGAUGGGAACCCCCCUCCAAACAUCACCUGGUACAAACUUGGAUGGCAGAACGAACCGACCGCGACACUGGAGCCUUCAGACAGUACCAGAAACAACAUCAUCUUCAACGAGAUACACAGGAACGAUAGCGGGAAGUACGCUUGUUCGGCGGCGAAUGGCAUUGGGAAACAAGACUGGCGAACCAUCAGUUUAGUAGUUCGUGACUCCACGCUUAACUCCGGUAUAAAAACGCCGCUGAUCAAGUCUAGGUGGGAGACGGCGCUACUUGGCACCCUAGCCGGGGCAGCUGUGGUCUUCUUAUGCAUCCUCAUCGCGUUGGCAUGCCGGGGGAACGGUCGGGGCAUGCGCGACAACCCGAAGCUGGUCGCCAUCAGCCCGCCCAUCUACAGCUACCAUCCCAGCUACAAGCAAUCCAUGGAGCUACGGAGUCUGCGCCACACCGACUCCACGUCAUCAACUGUCGUCACUAGGUCAGGGAAAGUGUUUGCCAGAGCGCUGUGCGACUACAGCCCACAGGACGACAACGAGCUACCCUUGCAAACCAAUGACGUCAUCGAGGUGCUGAGCGACCAAAAUGGCGGCUGGUGGUUUGGAUCCGUGCAGGGAAAAGUUGGCUUGUUUCCCGCCAAAUGUGUCGAAAUUCUCGUCUGCAAGGACAGACAAGAUGGAAAGAAGUGCUACGCGCGUGCGCUGUACGACUACGACCCCUGCGAGGAGGGCGAACUGCAGCUGCAGGUCGGUGACGUCAUGGAGAUUGUGAGUAGGGAGGACCCCGGCUGGUGGUACGGGUACCUUCGGGGGAAGGUCGGCCUCUUCCCGUCCAACUACGUAGAGGUGGUCCCCGAAAGUUCCGUAGGGGAUCUGUCGGAGCUCUCCCCAAUUAGGAGCAGAGAGCCCGACGUGACGUUGGGGGCUUCCUCGGCGUCGACAUUGCCGGCGGCAGACGUACAGCUUCUCACCUCUAAGGUGAAUGGACAACACCGAGCAAGCUGUGCUGUGCACAGUUCUACCAAGAGGUGCAACUCCGGCUACGGCGGAGACCAAGACUCUUCUGGUUACCACGACUCGUCUGGCUAUGGCAUGGAGGAAGACUCUAACAAUUCCCAAGAACAGUACGAGUUUCGCAACUACCAGAAGCCGUCCAGAAGGAAAAGCGGCUCCUCAAACAAAGGACGGAAAUUGUCCCGACGUUCAUCGGAACCAGUGAGCAACUCAUCUAACCCGGAAGCAGAAAACUGCCAACCGGAAGUGUGUCAUUGUAAUGAGUGUAGCGAAGCAAAUCAAGGGCAAUAUACCAGUACACAACCAACGGGCCAGACCCGGAGUGCGUCUCAAAACAAUUGCGAUCAGAACACCACAGAUAACCAAGACUCCCGCACUCGACACACUAGUUCGUCGAGGAGAUCGUCUUCUGUUCGGUGCCAUUCGUCGCGCUCCGACUCUCUUCGGUGCCAUUCGGACAACUCCGGCUCUUUCCGCUGCUUCGACGGUUAUCCCGAGAGCGUGUACGGCGGCAGCGACACUAACGUGGAGCGGUACUAUUUACGGCCUGAGGGUGAGAGACAGGAGCCUGAUAGCUUUCUGGGAUCGAGUGUCAGCGGCUCUUUUCCGCCGUCAGACCAAAUUGACAGCUCCCUUGAUGGUUCCGACAAUGAGGUUAGAAGAUACGACUCAGACGGGCUGCAUAGCAUUGAAGCCUGAUUGCAUUUCAAACAUAAGAGAUGCUCUCCAGGCUCAAAGGCCAUGCAGUCCGCCAGAUAUGGUCCGCCAUAUAUCUUUAAAUCCCUGGAACCAUAGCCGUCGGCAUGAAAACGUUUUUUUCUUCUUCUCGUAUCUAUGAAAAAGAGAAGAAACCAGAGACAACACGCUUUUAAUCACGAUUGUGUAUAUCUAUAUGACACGGGGGUUUAUAGGCUGUAAAAGAGGGCCAAUGAUAUGGUGCUUGAGCAUGCGCAAUAGAGGGUUCUCUUCACGUUUCGGUCUGUAGUUUGCCAGAGGUAGUAUUUUGUUUUGUUGGUGACGUUUGCUCAAGUUAACUUUGAAUAUACUCUACAAACACUGGCUAUACGCUCAAGGAAUGGAAAUAAACCUAUUUGUAAAUGUAUGUUUGAGGAAUAAAUUUUGAAGAUCAUCGUA